CGGAUCUGGAUCCGAAAAUCUCCCUGCUGAGGAAGCGUCGGUGGUCCGAGCAGAGAGACCCGGACUGAAAGACAUGAGCUCUUUUUUAGAGGGAGGGGACGAUUUUGGUUUAAAAAGGUUGUGAGGAAGCAGCUUCCCUUCGAUCCGAUCCUCUUGUCCUUCAGGCCGACACUCUUUCGAUGUGGGAGACGGUUUCGCUGCAUUCGCCAGGCUGAAAUCCUCCAGGGUCAGGACCUCCCUCAUGGCAGCCUUGCUCCUCGGGCUGCUGCUCUUCGCGUUGCAGUCCCCUCCUCUCCCCUCCAGGCCGCUGGCGGACGGGGGGUCGUCCCCGCCCCCCACCCUCUCGCCCGCCGACAACGCMACCGCCAGCCACCCCAACGGGACCCUGCAGCAGCUCCCGCAAAUAAUAAUCAUCGGCGUGCGGAAGGGCGGCACGCGGGCGCUGAUCGAGAUGCUCAGUUUGCACGGCGCCGUGGCGGCGGCUCAGAACGAGGUGCACUUCUUCGACUGGGAGAGCCACUUCCAGAAGGGCUUGCCCUGGUAUCUCAGCCAGAUGCCUUACGCCUUCCCCGAGCAGCUGACGGUGGAGAAAACGCCGGCCUACUUCACGUCCGGCAAAGUCCCGAAGCGCAUCCACCAGAUGAACCCCAACAUCAAGCUCCUGCUCAUCCUCAGAGACCCCACAGAGCGGGUGCUCUCGGACUACACCCAGGUCUUCUACAACCGCCUCCAGAAACACAAGAGCUACCAGCCGAUCGAGUCCGUGCUGGUGAAGGACGGCGAGAUCAACCUGGGCUACAAGGCCCUCAACCGCAGCCUGUACUACGUCCACAUGCAGAACUGGCUGCAGUACUUCCCCCCGGAGAGCAUUCACGUCGUGGACGGGGACAGGCUAAUCAAGGACCCCCUGCACGAGAUGCAAAAAGUGGAGAAGUUCUURAACCUGGAGCCUCAGUUGAACGCUUCCAAUUUUUACUUCAACAAAACAAAAGGAUUCUACUGCCUGAGAGACCACGGGCGAGAAAGGUGUUUACACGACUCAAAGGGGAGGGCGCACCCUCACGUGGCUCCUGCCGUCCUGCAGAAGCUCUACCAGUUCUUCCACGAACCCAACAGGAAGUUCUUUGAGCUGGUGGGACGAACAUUCGACUGGAAAUGAACCUUUGGUUUUCUCUCUAACAGCUCGAAGGGGGGAAAAAAACUCGUGUAAAUUUUAACUAAAUCUAUUUUUUUACUCUUUGUUUUUGUUACACCGAYGUGAUCGAGCCAAAUAUCGGACAGAUGUCAGGUUCUCUGUGUGAAAGUCGUACAUUUUACUGAAAUUUUGCGCAGUCAGAAACAAUUCGACUUUUGGCCAGUGCCCAAACUUGUUACAUAAAGAUAUGCACUGAGCAGUUUURUAUUGUCGAACCUCCGUCUUUCACUUUAUAUAACACGACUUUAGUGUCUUGCGACAUUUAGACCUCUGAAGGAAUUUACCUGCUGCUAGGAUUUUUUAUUUUAUUUUUUGGGUCACUUUCAGGCACAAACAAUCCUGAUUUUUGUUGCCUAAAAUUUACUUUAUGUUGUUAUAAAUCCUGUGUGCACAUCAGAUAUUGCUAAUCAAUAAUUAUGUAUUGUACAUUUUUUAAACUAAGAAAUUAAUACCAUAAUAAAAAUGUAUUUUAUUUUUAGGA